CAAUCCCAAUUCCAAGCUGCUUCACUUUUUCAUCGCUCCCUCUCUCUCUGAUAGUAUAAGCACAAAAUCUCAGUGCUGCGUAGGCGACGUUCAUAAUGUCAGCGGCAAAAGCGAGCGCGAAGCGAGUUUCCGAGUCGGAGAAUUUGAAGGAUCGGCGAAAGAAAGUCGUUGUUGAAGAUGAUUUUGAUGCUGCAAUUUCUGAUGAUAUUAAAGGUAUUAUGAGCGCUCUUCAGCAGAUCAAGGCGAAGGCGCAGAAAGAUGAUCAGAAGAAGAACGAAGAGACAAUUUCUAGUGUGUCUGCAGAGAUCAAAGCUAGUUUGGAUGAGUUGAAAUCAAAACUUGAGAAAGACAGGCAAAGCUUUGCUAAGGGUCUCAUGAAGAGCUCAAAAGAGUGUGAAAAUUUACUGAAGAGUAAAGCUGCCAAGUUCCAAGAAGUUUAUGAAACACUCUGCAAGGAAAAAUCUUCAUAUGUGCAAGAUUUGAAAGAAGUAAUUUCCAAAUAUGAAGAGGACAAGGAGAAGUUGUUUCUGCGAUACGAGCAAAUGAGGAAGAAAGAGAAGAAUAUGAUAUCUGAAGUGGAGAAAGCAAAUGCAGCAAGAAUAGCUCAACUGGAGGAAUCCCUCAAGAAGAAGAAACAGGAUGAUAAGACCUUCAGCAUUUUGAGAAAGACACUGGGCUCAUUUCUUGGAAAUGCUUCAGAUGAGGACUUCCCUCCCGAUGACUGAGUAAUAUUACUUCCAUGGGUAACCUUUUUAUGUAUGGCAACUGUGAAUCUUCUGAAAACUCAUCUCUCAUGAACGACUACCUCUGAGUUUAUUAUCUUCUUCUGCUCGAUUUGUGCAA